GGAGGAUCCUUGAUCAGGCCAAGGCUGGAGACCAGCUGUAGCGCCGGUUAAGUAGGAAGAAUCAGCAAAAGGAUGUACGAUGAGGAAGUUGAAGUGAAAAAUGGUCGUGAGAUUGAAACUCCGCCUGAUUUGGACGUUGGGAAUGCCAUUCAUUUCAUCCAGGAUGAUUUGCAGAAGCUCUCCGAUGCAGAUGAAUCCCUUGAGUUCCCGCUUGGGAAGAUGGAUGAGACGAAGAAGGGGAAAGUGGCUCUGCAGAAGUUCUCGCGGCCAAGAAGUGAUUCAUCCGGUGGCUCUGAUUCCGGCUCUGAAGAUUUGAAUAAAAAACUCUCAGAUGGGGAAUUCAAUCCCAAAGACUACGACCACCUGGAUGUGCCGGCGGAUAUUAAGGAGAUUUUUCAGUAUAUUGUGCGGUACACCCCGCAGAAGAUUGACAUUGAGUACCGUCUGCAACCCUUUAUUCCGGACUACAUCCCAGCCGUGGGGGACAUUGAUGCAUUCCUCAAGGUUGUACCACCUAAAAGUAUGUCAGAGCGCACCGAUGUGGCCCCUUUUAUUGAUUCACUGGGCUUGACAAUUCUCGAUGAGCCAUGUGGGCAGCAGAGUGAACCAGCUCUGCUCCACAUGAAGCUCCGUUCGGUGUCUACGGUGCCACACGUCCAGAAUCACCCACCAGCAAUUCUCAAAUCACCCAAAGAUAUCAAUCGAUGGAUUGCUGAGGUGCAGGCACUACAUAGCAAUCAACCGCAGCAAAUGUUGCUGUACUACGAAAAAAAUCCCAUCAACAUUGACACCCUCAUGGCAGAGUGGCCGCCUAUUCUUGAGAAAACAUUCAAUGAGCUCGGAUUCCCAUCUGUUGACCUGGAUUGUUCGCUCAUUGAGUACAUUGAUGUUGUGUGCAGUCUCUUGGAUAUUCCUCUCAAAGGAAAAACUCAAGCUGACUACAUCUACGCCCUUCAUACUCUCUUUACUCUUUUUGCAGCAGUUAAACGCCCCUAAAGCAUAAAAUGAAUGAAACAAAAUUAAUUUAUGA